AUGGCCUCACCUUUAGACCAGGUGGUCAAGGGUGCCCCAACACCGGGUGCUCGCGCCUCAGCCCAAGAGCCAUUGAACUCUCAAGCUCAUUCUUCAGAUUCCUCUCCACUACGCCCCUCGACUCCAGACCCGCUGGCAAACCUGCCCUCCUCCCCGCCCCAGAUCUACUUGAACCUCUUAAUACUCGAAACCUCGCUGCGAGCCCAGUAUCUGGCCCUACGUGAACGUCGCCGCCAGAACACAUUCUUUCUACUUCUGCUAGCGGCUUGGCUUGCUCAUUUUACAUAUGCGCUUUUUCUUCGUCCGCGUGAAGAUGGCCGUGGAGUCGGUGGCUCUGUCUACUGGGUAGUAGAGAUGGCAGAGAAAGUCGCCCUGCUCGGCGGGGUGGUAACCGCGCUGCUCGUCUGGGGUACAGGGCAGUGGGAACGAGGAAUUAGAUGGCCUCGACGCUGGCUCGCUGUUUCCAAUCGUGGCCUACGCGUGAUGAAUACCAAGAUCAUUGUCAUUCGUGGCCCCUUUUGGCAGGAGCUAUUGUCGUAUGUCUCAUUCCUGUUUCCACUCUCCGCCCCAUUCCUACCCUCCCCUAAUGGAAACUACCGUUUGGUGGAGCAGAAUACCUCCGAUAAACGAACUAUUGGUGGUCGGCAGCACCAUCAACAGCUCUACCCAGGGAGAGAAAAUGAAUCCAACGUGAUAGAAGAAGAUCUCAGCCCAGGAGGCGACUACAUCCGUCUCCUCCUGCUACCCAAGUCCUUUUCCCCCGAGUUCCGCGAAAACUGGGACGAUUAUCGCACAGACUUCUGGGAAAAAGAAAAUGAAAGACGUGCCCAGCUACGCCUCAAAGUGCGCGAGCAGGACCGCAACCUUGCCAAAACAGAAGGAAGCUGGCUAUACCGACUAGGGCUAGGCUGGCGCGCCUCGCAACGGCGCCGAGGGACCCUGCAUCGCCCACUGGAGCCGGAUCUGAAACAACGUAUAGGCCAUAGCCAUUACCCCUCUAUCACGAAAUUCAACCAUGAGCGUGGUCCCUCCUCCCGCCGAAGUACUCGCUCCGAGUCCCAUUCCCGCACCUCGUCCCGCAGCACCACCCCCGUCGACAUCAGCGUCGAAGACCGUCCCCCAUCCCGCUCUUCUACUUCCAGUCGGCCUCGCCGCGGAAGUACGGCCUCUGGGCAAGACGCGAGUCCGCAGCAGCGGAAACGGAAGGGCUCGACGCUGAGGCGGGGUCUGUCGCCUCUUACGCAGGCGCAGAUAAGAGAGGGUGUGCGGACCCCGUCGUUCUCGUCUGACGACUUUGUGAUGCCUGUGGGUAUGGCUGAAAAAGAUAAAGAGGAGGCUAUACCGAGUUCUGUUCCGGAAUUGUAA